AUGGCCUUUCGCUCAGGACCCGUUGCUCCUGGCAUUGCAUUUGUCACUGGUGGUGCGCGUGGGUUGGGAAACGCCAUUGGUGUAUCGUUUGCAAAGGAGGGUGCCAAAGGCGUGUGCUUGGUUGACAUCCAGGACGAGGCGACAUUUGAGGAGGGCAAGAAGGCAGUUGAGAAAUACGGUGCUAAGGUGCUAUGCAUCCGCGCCGAUGUGACCAAGGAGGAGGAUGUCGAGCGAGCAGUCAACGAAGCAGUCAAAGAGUUCGGACGCAUUGACUAUGCAGCCAACUUCGCAGGCAUUAUCGGGCCCCUGACUGAGACUUGGGAUACUGACACGGACCAAUGGAGACGAGUGAUUGAAGUCAACACCGUCGGGGUCUGGCUUUGCAACAAGUAUGAGUUGAAGCAGAUGAUGAAGCAGGAUUCGGUUGAAGUCGAGGAAGGCCGGCCCCGUCAACGCGGCUCGAUUGUCAAUUGUGCCUCUGUCAAUUCUAUCCAAGCCGGGGCUGGUACAACGGGUUAUUCGGCGUCAAAACAUGCUGUAAUGGGAAUCACAAAAGCUGCCGCUCUCGAAGCCCGCCGGCACGACAUUCGCAUCAACGCAGUCUCGCCGGGCUUCCUCCUGACCAAACUCCUCGACCCCUUCAUGAAGCAAGGCAACGGCGAGCUUGCGGCCAAAUCGUGGGGGGAGUACGAGGCGCGACAGGGUCGUAAGGCCACAUUUGACGAGAUCGGCGACGUCGUGGUGCUCCUGAGCACGCCGCGCAUGAGUCUGGUCGUGGGCCAUAAUCUGGUCAUUGACGGGUAUGUAUAG